UCUUAUACACAUAACAUUCAUUUUAAUAUUUGUGAAAAGUCAACAAUAUAAUUUGUAUCUAUAACAUAUGUCAGUCUGUCUGCAGUCUCUGGAAGCCAUUUGAAAGGGUCAAGAUGGUAGGAAGUGGUUAGAGAACGUGCUAAACUUGCUACGUAUAAUGUUUAAGCACAGGAUAUGCUGUGAACUAGUAUUGUGUAUUAGUAGUUAGACCUAAACUAGGAAAUUAGCAUCUGGUGUUUCUUGAUUGAAAAUUAUGAUUGUACCGUAACCGAUGCUCUAUAUGAGACUGUGAAUCUAUCCCUCCUUUGGUCCCAGCUUUGUUGGGAAACCCGAUCACUCCAUAGUUGUCUGUUGUUACUCAUUUUGAAAAGGACCAUUAACAUUCAAAACAGUAAUACAGACCUUCCUUUCUUCCUUUUAAGAAAUUGCUGGAACGUUUGACUCAUGGGAAGCAAGUAAAAGUGAAACUUCCAUGAUUCCAUUAUGGCUAAUCAGUUGCUUGUUCUUCUCACUGAGCUUAAUUUUAUGGGGUUGUUUGUUCUUUUCAGGUGAGUUACAUUCACCUACUGGAAGUACACUUGUUGAAAUUGUCUUGUCAGAUUGAAGUGUUAUCAAUUGUAAAGAUGUUUAUACAUCACAGCCUCUUUAUACCAAAAAUGUUUAAAGGAGAUAAGAACUGUGAAAUCUCUUUAUCUAUGGUAAGCAGAAUCUGAGCCAAUAGUUUUUGAAUCCAAAUUUGUUACAUUUACAUACUCUUGAGUCUUUUAGAUUAGUUUUAUUAUGCACAGGUAUGGUGUUAGUAAUCUUGGAAAUUAAUAUGAUUGUGUAUUUUAAGAAAAAAUUACAGUGAAGGAACUCAAAUGUGUCUACAAUUGAGGGAGGCUUAAUACUGGUGGUUCUGCCCUCUUGGAACUACUUUUCCAAGAAAAGUAUUUAUUUUGGAAUAGCAAUAUCAAAGUAUGUUUUUAAAGUAAAAUUCAAGAUAGUCACUUUAAAAAAAAAAUGAAAAAAAUCAUUCCCUGUUGUGGAAAAGGUUGCUUAUGUGAAAUGACACAGCCAAUUCUGGCUUAAGUAGACCAAAGUCAUAGUGGACUUCAAGAUGAGUUGAGAAAUAGGUAGGUUAGAUGGAUCUCAGGAUGUCAGUUCACAAAACCUGAAUCUUUUGGGAUAAGUUUUGAUUUUCAUGGGACUUGGACAAAAGCAAGUGCAAACAUUUUCUACCUGAAAUUGUGAUUGGAUCAAUACUGCUACCACAUGUGCAUAUUUAUGCACAAAUUUAUGUCAGAAGCACCUGUCUCUCACAUCCUAAGGCUGUGUGAAGCAUGCAGGAGUGCAGGGAUGGUGACCCUUUCCUGUCCAGUGAACACUGGUUGACAAUAACUCCCCCAGAUGGUCUUCAACCUGUACAGAGAGCUCCAUGACAACCGAGUAGUUAAUAAUACAUGCACUUGGCUCCAGGCAUCCCAUGCAAGCUGUGAUACCUCUGUGUGUCUGUAGAUAUGUGCUUAUGGCAUGGCUUUUCAAAAGUUGUCUGGGGCAACGGGGCUGCCUUUUGUCUCAUGCGCUUGAGGGUGCUGAUUGCUCCUAGCACAUAAGGCUAGCCACUAGGAAGACCUGUGGGGGAUUGGAUGGGGCAAGGAUCCCGUUCAGUGCCUAGCCACUGUCGAGAAAUACAGUCUAUUUAGUGCUUGGUUUCCCUUAGAACAAGCUUCUAAAGGUGCUCCACAAUUCUGCCCAUUCCCGCGGUGGUGUCCGGGCACCAGUGGGGUGCUGUGCAGGUGUGCCCGCAGGUGUGCAGGUUUGGCCCGGCUGCGUGUGCUGGCGUCCUGGGAACCGGUUUGUCGGGGCCAACGCAGGACACCUCCCUCGACACACCUGGAGCCUGGGGCCUUUUCCCUUGGCUGAGGAGGAAGAGGAGCCCGGGGCAGCGAUGAAGGGCCUGAGCCGCCUGCUCCGCGCCGGGGAGGAUGCCGCGCAGGCAGCCGUGGCAGUGAGCCACGAGGGCCUACUGCGAGAUGAGAGAGAAUUUCAAUAUGCUGCUAAAAUGAACAAUCUGGAUACCAUGGAAAAAGUGUUUAAAAAGAAUGUUAAUAUAAAUGCCGUAGAUACACUGAAGCGCACAGCGUUUCAUUUUGCUGUUGCAGGAGGACAUAUGUCCGUGGUGGAUUUUCUUCUCCGUCACAAAGCAAGACUUGACAUGGCAGAUCAGCAUGGCCUGACAGUGAUUCAUCUUUCAGCUUGGACUGGAAAUCUGGAUAUAAUGCGAAAAUUAGUCAAAGCAGGUGCUGAUCAAAAGGCUAAGAAUGAGGUUUGAAUGAAUGUAUUGCAUUUUGCAGCUCAGAGCAACAGCAUUAAAAUAGUUGAUCAUUUCCUCCAAGAUCUUCAUCUGAAUGACUUGAACAAACCUGAUGGGAAAGGUAAAAAGCCAUUUCUUCUGGCCUGUGAAAAAGGCCACAUUGACAUGAUAAAAAAUUUGAUUGCUCUGAAGCUAUUUACAUCUGAAAAAGAUCAGGAGGGAAACACAGCAUUGCAUUUAGCAGCCAAAAAUGGUCACAGUGAAGUUGUAGAAAUUCUGCUUGAACAAUGGGAGGAAAUAAAUGACCUCAAUCAGAAUGGAGAAACUCCAUUUUACUUGGCUGUUGAAGGAGGUCAUGAAAAAUGUGCUGAACUCUUACUGGAGGCAGGGAGUGACAUCAAUGUUUCAGCUCAGAACAAUAGUAGUGCUUUGCAGAUUGCAAUUCAAAAUGGACAUCUAUCUUUGGUUACUUUUCUUAUUGAUAAGAAUAUUCACCUGGUUCCUAAACCUGAGCAGAAGAAUUCCCCUCUCCAUUUAGCAGUUAUCAGUAAUAAUCUACCAGUAGUAAAAAGCCUUUUGGAUGCCAAUCACGACAUAAACUCCUUAAAUCACAGGCAGGAAACCCCUCUACAUCUGGCAGCUGAUCUUGGCAAUGUGGAAUUGGUGGAAGUGCUGCUGAAGUCAGGCUGCAAUCUCAAGACCAUAGAUAAGCAUGGAAAAACUGCACUAGCCACAGCAUCAAGGAGCCAUUAUGCCCUCAUUGUAGAUAGGAUCAUUAAAGCAGAAAGGUAUUUUGCCAUGCAACAGACACAUCUAGCUCAUAGUGGUAAUGGGUCAGACUUCAGCGUGUCCUUCAAACAAGAUCACAGUACACAGACCAAGCAAAUCUGUUCCUGCCUUUGGAAUUUAGCAUACAACCAGUUAAAACCCCGUGCAUGGAAAAAACUGGCUGUGUCCUGGAAGUUCACAGAUGAACACAUUAAGGCUAUUGAAGAACAGUGGACAGGGAAAAAAAGUUACAGAAUGUUGCUCAUCUGGUUACAUGGUACCUUGCUGUCUCAUCAGAAUCCUGUUAAACAUCUGUGUGAAGAUCUGGUGGAAGCAGGAUUUCAGCCUUUAGCUGAGAAGACCAGAACUUCAAUCAGCAUUGGCAUGGACUCCAGGAAAUGUGUCAUUUCAUGA